CACCAGGAUGGACAAAGCGUAGAAAAUGACACCAGUGAUCUCAGCAGGUCAAGGUAACGGCAACAAUGUCACCAGUCACCCGGGGACACAGCAACGAGCAAAGUACAACAUCUAACGGCACAUGCGCACGGGGUACAGAACAUCAUGGUUGCCGGCAUCCGAGUUAGUACUUUGCUAAGUCUGGGACUUUUCAUGGUUAUCACAGGUACAACUGGGUUAUACGUGGACGAAGAGAAUCCUUACAAAACGGGGGCGCUUCCUGUUCAAAACUUCACCUUGACAGAAACUAAGGACCAUGUACCGCGUCAUGCCGUCGUAUACUACCCGGCCAGACCAGGACUGUUCGCUGUGCUGUUGUUCUCGGGAGGUUUUGACGGCGCUGUCCGAGUGGAGAUGGGAUACACAGACCUGCUGAGCCGUGUAGCGGCGCACGGGUUCGUGGUGAUGGGGGUGGAUCUUCAGUCACUCGGCCAAGCCGGAGACACACGGCGGGACAACCUCCAAGGAUCCCCAGCGCACAGCCUCCCAGGAUCCCCUGCGCACACGUUCUUGCAGCAAAUGGACUGGGCGAGGACUAACCUAAACUCCUACCUGGCCAACCGAACGGCAGGAGUGUCCGUAGACUGGGAGAACACUGGGGUUUUCUGUCACUCUGCCGGCUGUUCUGUCAUACUGGACACGGUUCUACUCAACCACACGGCUAUGAAGGCAACAGCGUUUCUCGAGCCGUUCACUUCCGCUCUGUCCGGGAACAGUACCGUUUCUUUCCGCCUGCCGGCGCUGAUGUACGGCACGCAGUUUUGUGAGGACUUUCCUUUCUGCUGUGUCAAAGGUAUGGACUGGAAUCACGUCUACGAUCACUGGUCCUGUCCCAAGACAACGCUGGCAACGAAGAAUCAAGGACACUGUGAUAUUCUGGACCACACGAUGUGGGAAAUUUGCCACACUACUCACUUCUGCAAGACGGGGGAUGUGGACAACUGGGCGGAGUAUCACACCUUCAUCCAGGGAUUUGUCUCCGCCUUCUUCAUCAGUACGCUGCAGGGGGUCGACGACUGGCGAUACCUCCACAACGUCACCGAUAUCCCCAUCGGCGUGAUGAACGCAAAAAACGACACCAACUGUUAGACGCGCCCCCUGGCGACUUUUACACGCACCGGAGAACAUUGUAGGUUUGUGUCAGGGAUCGACUCCAACUGCAGUCGUCAGUUUAUGUACUGUGCAUAUAACAUUUGCUCUUCGUUAUAUAAAAGCUAACCAAAGCAAUUACACGUCUGUGCACUCUCUACAC